CGAUGCUGUUGCUAUAGCAACUGUUACAGAAACGGUAGUAAUGUAUACUUUAAAAGGCCAAAAGAUUUAACAUAUUUUUAACACUUGAGAGUUUCAAUGUAAUCUAUAUUAUAUAAAAUUAAAUAAUAUGUCUUUCGUAUUCAGGAUAUAUAAUUCAAAAAGAUGAGCUGGCAAAUGAAAUAUAUAUCUUUAGCAACACUAGUUGUUCAAACUACAACAUUAGUAUUAUUAUUAAGGUAUUCUAGAACAGUUCCCCAGAAAGGUCCCCGGUAUCUUAGCUCGACUGCUAUUGUCAUUUCUGAAUCUCUUAAGAUAAUUGCGUGUUUAAUUGCAUUAUGUUCACAAUGUGGAUGGUCAGUACCUGAAUUACUUAAAUUAUUAUUCAGAGAAGUCUGGAAAAAACCUGCUGAAACAUUAAAACUUGUUGUACCAGCAGCAUUAUAUACAAUACAAAAUAAUCUAUUAUUUUUAGCACUAUCCAAUUUAGAUGCUGCAACUUAUCAAGUGACAUAUCAAUUAAAAAUUUUGACAACAGCUUUAUUUUCUGUCAGCAUGUUACACAAACAUCUAGAGGUUCCUCAAUGGCUGGCAUUAGUUUUAUUGAUGGUAGGAGUUGCACUUGUGCAGUGGCCAAGUGAUAUUCCAUCAAAAAAUAUUGUUGAAAAAAGUGCCUCUUCACAAUUUGUAGGUUUGACCUCUGUUUUAGCUGCUUGUUUUUCCAGUGGAUUUAGUGGUGUAUAUUUUGAAAAGCUUUUGAAAGGUUCACCACAAUCAUUAUGGAUCAGAAAUAUACAACUCUCUAUUUUUGGAUUUCUGUUGGGAUGGGCUGCUGUUGUUAUACAAGAUUAUCAAACCAUUUUAAAUGUAGGAUUUUUUCAAGGCUACAAUAAAAUUGCAUGGCUUGUUGUAUUCCUUCAGGCUUUUGGAGGUUUAGUGGUAGCAACAGUCAUCAAAUAUGCUGAUAAUAUAUUAAAAGGUUUUGCAACAUCAGUCUCUAUUGUUCUUUCAACAUUAUGUUCAUAUUAUUUAUUAGGAGAUUUUUUACCAACAAGCAUGCUCAUAAAAUUAAAUGGAAUGAUCAAGGUAUUUUCAAGUCUUCAAUUUCAAUUCAACAUCAGUUACUUGAAAUUAUUGCUGAAUGAAUCUAAAAGGAAUAUUUGAGGUGAGGAGGAAAAAAAUGCUAAUCUAUAAAUUAUAUAACCUGAAACUUUUGCAUCAUUGAUAUUUUUAGGUAUAAAAUUUACAGAUAAACAUUUAAAAUGCACCAUUUAAAUAAUAACUCAUUACAUAAUGAAUGAAAAAUCUUUAAUUAAUAAAUAUUUUCUGACAUACAGGAUGGUUUAUUUUAAUCAAUCCACUGGAAUAAGACUCCACUAGCAUAAAAACGGGUGUAAAACCCCUCGCCAUAAAAGCUUUUAAUCACGUGACCAUGAUAUUUUAUGCCUGAGCAGGUCGUAAAACCAGUGUAAAAGCGAGUUGAGCAGUGUUCAACUUUCGACGUAAAUACAACCGUAAAACGGUACCAUCCACCAAUCAGAAGUCAGUGAAAUCUAGGUCAUUGUGACAGUGUGAAAAUGGCAGAAAAUGAGCUUUUGUGUAUGUUCCCUCGCGGCUACUCUAGAAUAGAUCUGGUAAGAUUUAUUGAAAACAUCUGAAAGUAUUCAUGUAUCUAUGACAAGAAGUAUCCUGAUUAUAAUAAUGGAUGCCUAAAAUACACGAUAUGGACGGGCAAAGGAAAAUCCUUCAGUUUAGAGGAGUAUAUAAUGAAAAAAGUUAAGCUUAUAAGUGCUGUAUAUUAUCUUAAUUAAUAAUAUGAUAAUAAAAGUUAAUAUAUGAAAGUAAAGAUAUUAUUUUACUACAUUUGUAAUUAUAGUACAGAAAAAACUCGUAGAAUAUAAUCAUUGUCUUUAUAACUUCGAUAGUACUAUCACAGUAAAAACUUUGCUAGCCGGACCUCCAUUGCAAUCCAGAUGCAAACGCAAAUAGAUCACGUGAUUAAAAGUUUUUAUAGCAAAGGUGUUUAUGCCUGUUUUUACACUAGUGGAGUCUUGGUCUAACUUGAAAAAUACCCAACCUACAAAAAAUUCAUUAAAUCAAAGUUGUUAUACUUCAAGGAUGCCACAAGAUGAUGCUACUGGUUUCAUCAUAGAUGACCCUACAAUAGGUGAAAAUAGAGUCAACUUCAUUCUCUUAAGUGGGAACACCAUUUUUUUAUUUUACAUUAUAAUUCUAA